AUGACUGGAGCUCUGAGAGACUCUCCAAUGGGUACCAGCUGGGGGAUGUUAUGAACAUCCAGGCAAACGUGAAUGGAGAGAACCACGUGGCUCUGAGACUUUUUGUGGACAACUGUGUAGCCACCAUGAGCCCAGACAGGGAUUCCAGCCCCAGAUAUGCUAUCAUUGACAACCACGGCUGUCUUGUGGACGGGAGAUCAGAUUCCGGCUCUGCCUUCUUAUCCCCGAGGGUUGCAGAAGACUCGCUCCGGUUCACAGUAGAUGCCUUCAGGUUUACAGGAGACCCUCGAGACUUGAUCUACAUAACUUGCCACUUGAAAGUGACUGCUGUCGACCAGGCUCCCGAUCCUGUGAGGAAAGCGUGCUCUUUCGGCAAAGGAAACAACAUGUGGGUCCCAGUGGAAGGUUCCAGGGACAUCUGCAGCUGCUGUGAAACCAGGAAGUGUGGACCGACGGGUGGCCAGCCAGGAAGACUCAAUCCCUGGGACAGGUGGUCUGGAGGAAGGCGAGUCGGCAGAGACGUGGCGGCCAGACGUGAGAGGCAGAAGAAAGAAGUGGAGACAGAUGUUACAUUAGGACCUGUCCUCAUCAUAGAUGCGUACAUGGCUUCCAGAAGGACCCUGGGCCACCGAAGCCAAGCACUGGAGGCAACUGAAGAACAAGGGAGCUUUACCAAUCCUGCACUGAUAGUCGGGCUGGUCUUGAUGUCUGUUUCUGUGGUUCUGGCUCUGACUCUAGGAGGUCUCCUCUUGGCCAAGAAGCGUUCCGGCUCUCCUUAAGCGAUCCCGAUGGUGUCACGCC